AUGGAGCCAAUUCACUGGUUUAUGGUCCUAUGGAUCACAUUGAGUCUAAUGAUCUUCCAAAACUCAAGCAACGUGGAAGGAAGAUAUCAUUUUCACAAGAGGAACAAAAGCUCCCCUGCUCCUUCCCCUGACACUGGAGAGCCAGUUGCUCCUUCAACUCCAAGCCUCAGCCCUCCUCCCCUUUCAAAUGUGCCCUCAGACCCUUACCCUGAGGACCCUGGAAAUAAUUCUUCUGGUUCUUCUGAUUGUGUGUUCAAUGUCAUGAAUUAUGGGGCAGUUGGUGAUGGCUCUGCUGAUGACACUGCUGCAUUUAGAGCGGCUUGGAAAGAAGCCUGUGCUGUAGAAUCUGGUGUGGUUUUCGCUCCUGCAGAUUACAGCUUCAAAAUUACUUCAACCAUCUUCUCAGGUCCUUGCCAGCCUGGACUGGUAUUCCAAGUAGAUGGGAUUCUGAUGCCGCCGGAGGGGCCUCAGACUUGGCCUAAAGGAGACAGCCAAAAACAGUGGCUUGUGUUUUACAGACUUGACCAAAUGACUUUCACUGGGAGCGGAACCAUUGAAGGCAAUGGCCAAAAGUGGUGGGAUCUCCCAUGCAAGCCUCACAGGGGUCCUAAUGGAUCCACAUUGCCAGGACCAUGUGACAGCCCUGCUUUAAUUAGAUUCUUCAUGAGCAACAAUUUGGUGGUGAGAGGGUUGAGAAUCCAAAACAGUCCUCAGUUCCACAUGAAGUUUGAUGGCUGUGAAGGUGUACAGAUUGAGAAGCUGUCCAUUUCCUCACCAAAGCUUAGCCCCAACACAGAUGGGAUCCACAUAGAGAACACAAAAUCUGUUGGCAUAUACGACUCGAUGAUUAGCAAUGGUGAUGAUUGCAUUUCAAUAGGAACAGGAUGUGCCAAUGUUGAUAUAAGAGGUGUCACUUGUGGACCAAGUCACGGGAUUAGCAUUGGGAGCCUUGGUGUGCACAACUCUCAAGCAUGUGUUUCCAACAUAACAGUGCGUGACGCUGUCAUAAGGGAGUCCGAUAACGGAGUCAGAAUCAAGACAUGGCAAGGCGGGACGGGCUGUGUAUCCGCCAUAGUAUUUGAGAACAUUCAAAUGGAGAAUGUGAUGAAUUGCCUACUAGUAGACCAAUAUUACUGCCUAUCAAAGGCCUGUCGAAACGAAACUUCAGCAGUUUUUGUCACAGACUUGACAUAUAGAAACAUAAAGGGCACAUAUGACGUGAGGAGGCCUCCAAUUCACUUUGCUUGCAGUGACACGGUGGCUUGUACAAACAUCACACUCUCGGAAGUUGAGCUUUACCCACACGAAGGAGAGCUGAUGGAUGAUCCAUUUUGUUGGAAUGCUUAUGGGACUCAAGAAACAGCCACUAUACCUCCAAUUGAUUGCUUGCAGGAUGGAGAUCCUGAGAGUGUGGCUGAGGUGUCCCAGAAAAGUAAGAACAUGCCGUCUCUGCAAACCGCACUGCCUCCUGAGCUCGCGAAUAAUGUGAUCAGACUUUACCGCGAGUGUCUUCGAAGAGCUAAAUAUGUUGGUCAUCGGCAACACAAUACGGAACUUGUGGUUGAUAUGGUGCGGCAGCAGUUCAAGAAACAUAUGCUUGAGACAGAUCCAGAGAAGAUUCAAAAGUUGAAGGAUGAUGCCGCAAGGGGACUUAUAAAUCAUAUACUAUUCGAGUCGGAGAGGCUGUCUGGUCGUAAAUUCAGCAGCUCUUGA